AUGAAUCAGAAUGAAUGGCAGAAACAUGCACCGUCACCAAAAUAUAUUCCGCGAGUUAGUUAUGGUAAAAUUACUUGUCCGAAUUAUGUACACCAGUGUGACCUCUUACGUCUUACCAAUGAUAUAGUAGGUUCAUCAAAAUGGGGUUUAGCUCCAGCAAAAGCUAUCAAACUGAAACGAGUAGAAUCUAGGUCAUCUACAAAGUAUAAGCGUCCAGUUGGAAAAGAUGAAAAAAAGUUAAAAAAAGGUGAUACAGUUCGUUACUUACUUGCCAACGGAGAAUGGGAGGGUGGUAUGGAGAAUCAGAAAAGAGCCACGGAUCCAACAUUUUCGCCAUCUAUUCAUAAAAUUCGAAAAAUAAUAGUUUCAAAAAACGAACCUAUAUUAUAUUAUCUUGAAGGUAAUGAAUUUACGCCUAAGCGAGGAUUUGUAAGGGAGGAAUUGUUUUAUGUAGAUUUAGAAAAGCUUCAAUACCCACCCCAAAGUAUAUUAUCGGAAAAGAAUCAUCCCCGAUUAGUUCAUUUUAUUCUGGUUUUAAAUAACGAUCUAUAUCAAGCUUGUACCUAUGCUAAGAAACAUGGCGGAAGUUGUCUUGAAAAAACCGGUCGAAUUAAUGAUGAGGAAGUUUUUCUCUGGUCAUGUGAAAACGGACUCCAUCAAUGGGAAGCACCUUAUAAGACCCAGAAGCAUGAAGAAAGCUCAGCAUCAAAAGCCCAAAAAAACUGA